UUGUAAUAAAAAAUAUUUCACAAAAUAAAUUUUUUUAAAAUGUCUGCGGCAAAAAACAAGGGCCUAAGCAAGACCCAGGAGUUUAAAUUAAUGCGUUCCGAGUACGAGCUUAGAGUAAACCAAUUGGAAAGAGAUGUUUACGAAUGCUGUCGAAUUUUGAAUAAAGCCCGGAAAACUGAAGAAUUAAAUAAAAAAUGGUCAUCAGCAAAAAACGGUUGUGAAAAGGAAAAGAUUGUAUCCUGGGAGUUCGAUAUGCUAGAUUUCCCAGUGGAGAACAUUGCAAUCUGGCAUAAGGAUAAGCUCGUGUAUCUUCGAGCAUUUAAAAAAAAUUUGGAUAUGAAACAAGAAAUAUUAUUGCCCCAAAAUGUGGAUAAGUCCAAAAUCACGGCAAUUUUUACAGCUCCCGGGACUUUAACCAUUUCUGUUCCAAUAAUUACCGCUAUCAGAUGAUC